AUGCUUGAGCUUCUUUCUGGGGGCAGAGGGGACAAAGGCACUGGGUGGGUUACGUUGCAGCUCGUCGGGCGCUCUGGGAGUACUGCAGGGGAGGUGGCCAAUUGCAUGGUACUAGAUGUGAGGGUGCAUAGGUACUUUAAUGGGGGGAUUUUUGAGAUAGUACCGGUUAUAGGGGGGGUGGAGCGGGAGUAUGAUCCAAGUGUUGUGAGCAGCUACGAUAUAAGUACCGACUACCCCGGCUGCGAAACUCUCUCCCUUUACUGCUUCGUUUACUCCACGCAGAUCCCGCAGUGCCCAGUAUCCUUCGCGCUCCUGACCCCCGGCACAAGAAUUGGAAAAAGGAUGGUACGCUGGGUUCUUUCUUCAAUGUAUUCCCCUGCACACCACUAG